CACGUUAGGUUAGGCUGUUUGUUUACGACUUGCGCAGCCGUGUCAAUUACUGUUGCUAGUUAACGCUCCAAAACAUUAUUUUGAUAGUUUUAAAGAUUCGAGAGUUUACAAGAUAAUUAAAUUGAUGAUAUUAUUGAGAAUGGCAUCGGGAAAAGAGUUGAUAGAUGCUGUAAGAAGUUCUUUGGAAGCCGAUGGUGAGCUGAGCCAAAUUAAAGCUGAAAUGAGAACAAAGGUCAUGAAAUUACUUGAAGGUUCCAAUAGAUCCAGCAAACCAAAGCAUCCCAAGUCUCCACAUGAAGUGUUGCUCAUCAAUGAACUUAUACGAGAGUAUCUAGAUUGGAUGGGAUACAAGUACACAUCAAGUGUACUAGUCACAGAAUGUGAAUUAUCGAAACAACCUCUGAAUCGAAUAUUCAUAACUAAGAGCCUUGGUACGAUAGAUACCGAGAAAACUAAAGAUCUACCAGUACUGUUCAGCCUGGUAGAGACAUUUAAAGAACUAAAAGAAGCAUGAGCAAGAAAA